GCUUGUGCCGUCAUCCGGGAGAUUUCGUACUGCGCACGCGCACUAGCAACAACCCAUGAUCUGUUAACAGUUCCCGCUGUUGUACUCCAAAAUUUAUCAGUCAAAACUCGCAAGUACUUGUUACAAAGCACACUGUAUUCCUUCUACUCUGUGGAAUCCAAGAACGACAACAAAGAUCACCAAAAAUGAAGCCAGAAGCAGCCGCCAACAACAUGAACAACAUUCACGAACCAGACGAUUGCCCACUAUGCAUGGAGCCACUGGAGAUCGACGACAUCAACUUCUUCCCUUGCACCUGCGGGUAUCAGAUUUGUCGUUUCUGUUGGCAUCGGAUCCGGACGGAUGAGAACGGCCUGUGUCCCGCCUGCAGGAAAGCCUACCCAGAGUGCCCCGCAGACUUCAAGCCACUAACGGAAGAAGAGCUACAACGAAUCAAGAACGAGAAACGUCAGAAGGAUCACCAACGAAAACAGAAGAUCACAGACAGUCGCAAACACCUCGCUAGUGUCAGGGUUGUCCAGAAAAACCUGGUGUUUGUCGUGGGUCUCUCUCAGAGACUUGCAGAUACGGAGGUUUUGAAGAAGCAGGAGUAUUUUGGCAAGUUUGGGAAGAUUGUUAAAGUCGUCAUCAACCAGAACACUUCCUACGCCGGCUCACAGGGGCCCAGUGCAAGUGCCUACGUAACGUACCACAAAUACGAAGACGCGCUGAAGGCGAUUCAGGCAGUCAACAACGUGCACGUGGACGGGAGAACCCUCAAAGCCUCGUUAGGAACGACCAAAUAUUGCAGCCACUUCCUCAAGAACUCCCAGUGCCCUAAACCGGACUGCAUGUAUCUGCACGAGUUGGGCGACUCAGCGGCUAGCUUCACUAAGGAAGAUAUGCAAGCAGGGAAACACCAAGAAUACGAACAGAAACUGGCCCAGGAGGUGCUAGGCGGUGGUACGAGUCAGUCUUCGCAAUCAACACACACACCUGCAACAGCAGCAGCAGUAGCAACGCAACAACAACAACAACAACAACAACAACAACAACAACAACAACAACAACCACAGCAGCCAUCACAACAAUCACAACAGCAACCACAGCCACAGCAACAACAGCAGCAACAGAAACGGCAAGCAGAGACACCGCCGUUACCCCAGCAGCAGCCCAAGCAGAAAACGAGCGGCAGCUCCAGCAACGAGCACAGCAAGAAGCAUUCGAAAAGCUCAAGAAAAAAGCCUUCAGCCUCGCCUGCCAGCAGCCAGAAUAACUCGCCCCCGACGAACCACGCCGACGCCUGGCCGGCCACGAACCACGGGGACCCCUGGCCUACUACGAACCAGGGGGACCCUUGGCCGGCGCUCGCCACCCAGCCCAAGUCCAACGACGUGUACUCGCAGUCGCCGGUGGACACGCCCCCGAUCGCCAACAGUCACACGCCGGACAGUCUGAGCGAAUCCCCACCCAGGGGUAUUAACACACAGACACAAGGGGUCAGACAACCCCCGACAGACGGCUUACCCCCUCCCAGUUCCGUGCAAUCACAACCAAUUCCUACAGACGGGGUGUCGCAACCGAAACAGCAAUCGCCGUUUGAGACGGACGAGUCGUUACCGUCGUUCUUUGCCGCUAACGGUUUCAUGGCACAGGGCAUCAUACCGGGCCUUGUACCGCCAAACCCUCACGUACAGGCACCAGUCAAUGGUACCGGUUUUCAGGGUGGUAGCUCCAUGCCCCCGCUGAUCCCCCCUCACCAAGGCCCAACAUCAGCAGGAGAUUGGAGUGAAGGUGUCAUACUGAACAACGACCUGCUGCCUGUGGCUAGUCACACCGACUGGCAAGCUGCGUUCGGGUUCAGCUCAGAUACAAAAGACCUACUCAACGAAGACGACUUAGGAUUUGACCCAUGGAACGAAUCGAACAAAGGCCUAGCAGACUUACUGGAGAAAGAGCUGCAACUAGGAAUAGCCAUGACCUCUGACCCCAAUAAGAUGACGCAACCCCCUCCCGGUUUCACUACCCCGGCAAACCACGGCUUGAACUCAGAAGUUAGCGGCAGUAAGAUGCUGAAUUGGCUACAGAUGGAUCGACCAGCAGACUCCAAUCCACAGAACAUUGCUCACCCUCUCGGCUUCAAUAACCACAAUCCCAGACCGCACCAUUCACCCUCGCAACAGACCAAACACCCAGAGUCCGUCCAGAGUUGGCAGGACGGCCUGAGGGCGCUGCUACCCAACAUCAACAUCAGCUUCGGUGGGGCCAACGCUGCCACAAACUCCGCACAGUCAGCCACACAGAAGAACUCAGAGGUUUGGCCCGGAAUUCAGUCCCAGACCUGGAUGGUGCACGACCCGGCAAUUAUCAGCGUCAACUCCCACAAUGCACAUGCGCCCGGCUUCACAGAAAAAGAAGUUCCCACAGAAGAACAGCCACACUGGUUAAAGUCAUUACAAACGUUGACAGAUGGAGACACGCCCACUCACCCCUCAGCCAAUCACCUAUUCCCAGCUCAUGCAUAUGCAAACAGAGGUCCAGCCUGGACGACACAUGCCCCUCCCCCCGGCCUCAGACCCCCUACAAAUUCCUCCGAUACACACAGUCACACAUUAACAGAGAAUCAUGCAGUUUAAAUCCCAGAAUGUGUUCAAGAAUGCUGCACUAUAGCCACAGCAAUGGUAUCUCAACGUACCCUAACGCUAAGAUUUCGUGCAAAAUUAAUUUUCAUUUGAUUGCUUUUCACUGUUAAAUCCAGAGGGUUGAAUUCAUCGAUUAAAAUAAUUUAUGACUGCGAGACCGUUAAUUAUUUAAACUAUAUCAUUUAGAACAUUGAGACUAGUCACACGCAUUUAAAAAUAUAUAUUCUAUUCAUAUAAAAAGAAAGAAAAUGCAUGAUUUUUGCAUGUUGUGAUGAUUAUUUUUUACUAUAACUCCAACUACGGUAUUUAUUUUUUCACUAAUUUUGAUUAAAAAUUGGAAGGUUGAAAUAUUAUUUUAAAGAGACUGCCUUUUUUUCCCUCCAUUUUCCUUUUCUGAGAUAUUUCUGAAAUGAGAUGUUUGCAGGUCGAGCCCUAUUGUCAUAGAUUUAGGAUUAUUUGUCAAAAGAGUUUGCCACGAUUUUACCGUGAUAUCUUUAUUGACGUCUUAUUGACGUAAAUAAAACUAAUGCUAGGACACAAUAUCUCCCAGAAAAUCAUAUAUAUACAUAAGACAUACAGAUACAUGUUUAGCUGCUAACUUUUCAAUUUGGAUUUACUAACACUAUCUCAUAAAAUUUUUUGUCGAAUUUGUCAGUUGGCCAUAAAAAUAAACUUUUUAUUUAAAAAAGAUUAUUUCAAAAUUCCCUCUCAAUAUAAGAAAACGUCGCCCUCCAUUGUAAAAAAAAAGUAAAAUCUUUGUUCCUUCAUAAGAUCAAGCUAUGGAAAGUUGUAUUUGUGUGAGUAACAUGGUCCAAUAAUUUGGGAAGAAAUAUAUAUGAACAUUUAAACUUUAUAAAAAAUAUGUAUGGAAGGACAGUAGAGAUUAUUUUUUUAAAAGAAAUGAAAAGGAGUGUUUUUUUUUCUUUGGAUUCAUCUUUUAUCAAAAAAAGUAAGGUGGUAGGUAGAUUUAACAUUUGUGAGAAGGAGAAAUGAACUUCUCUGUGUGUGGCUAGUUUCAAAGAAUUAAACCCUCUGGAUUUCACAGAUUCUAAGCAAGUUGGUUAGA